UACAUUUAAUUUUAUUUAUGCUCGAACGCUCCACCUUCACGCAUCCAAACAGCCAAACGUUCGUCAACAAUAAUUCUCUCGUUAUUUUGGAAAUCUACAUUUAGUAUACAUUGGUGAAGAGAAACAGUAAAUCACAAUGUUGGACACACGGCCAAACCACACAAUCUAUGUCAACAAUCUAAAUGAAAAAGUGAAAAAAGAUGAACUCAAGAGAUCUCUCUACGCUAUAUUUUCACAAUUUGGCCAAAUCCUCGACAUAGUGGCUCUAAAGACACUGAAAAUGAGAGGCCAGGCAUUUGUUAUCUUCAAAGAAAUUGGCAGUGCUACAAGUGCUAUGAGAGCCAUGCAAGGAUUUCCAUUUUAUGACAAACCUAUGAAAAUUGCCUAUGCAAAAACAGAUUCAGACAUAAUAGCAAAACAGAAAGGAACCUACAAAGAAAGAGGAAGCAAGCGGAAAGAAGAGGAAAAGAAGAAGAAGAAAGGCAAAGAAGCGAAAGGUAGUGCAGCACCUGUGGCUGCAGUUGGUACUGCUGUCAAAGCUGGUGCAACAGUUGUGCCACCUCGUCCUAACCUCUUCAAUCAACCACCACCUCUACAUGGUGCCACUGGCAUGAAUGUGCCAGAGCAACCACCAAACCAGAUUUUGUUCUUGACCAAUCUUCCAGAUGAAACAUCAGAGAUGAUGUUGUCUAUGCUUUUUACACAGUUUCCAGGUUUCAAAGAAGUACGAUUGGUGCCAGGUCGUCAUGAUAUUGCUUUUGUGGAGUUCGAGAAUGAAAUGCAGUCUGCAGCGGCAAAGGAUGCAUUACAAGGCUUUAAGAUUACUCCGACUCACUCAAUGAAAAUUGCCUUUGCUAAGAAGUGAAAAGGCAGUGAUUGCAAUAGUAUUGUUUUUUCUUUUGUGAUGGAGUCCUGUGGCAGGAGGCUUUAUUUUUUAUAAGAGUUUGCAGCAUACUGGUAUGAAAUGCAUCAUCUGUAAAUAGUCAUUACAGUACAGUACCUGUGUUUUCUGUUAUUUUGGCUAUUGUAGAUCUUGUAGGAAAAUUGUUUCCAUUCAAAAAUGUGUUAGUGGUUGAAUCAUUUCACUGUACUAAUUUUAGUCCAGAAUGUUCAUCAUCAUUUUAAUUUCUUCAGCCCCAUAAGAGUAUGCUCAGUCGAUGUCAUUUGGUUCUGAUAUCAUU